AUGGGCCUAAUGGCUUCAGAUGGACUUGUUCUAAUAAGACGGGGAGGCUCCUCCGCAUUAAUACAGCAGGCUGUGCGAGAUGCCACAUUCCUCGACGAUGACUCGCCCAGCCUACCUCCGAGGAACGGACAGUUGUUCUUUCCCUGUAACCGAAUGAGUCGCGUGGCUCUCGUAACAGGCUGCAUCUGUUUGAUAAGGUCGAUAGCGUUAUCUAGACCGGAACAUUGGGCGAGAUUCGCCGCGGAGUACCUGGGGAGAGUGACUGAUAAGAAGGUUACUCGACAGACCGAGCCAGCCAAGGUCGGGGCAGAUGUGGGAAGCACAACGACUCCUUCACAGUUAUCACAGGAAUGUUUGACGAACACAAACAACGAGCGGCGCGCUCACGAGCGGCGGCCGCGGCGGUUAUUACGAGCGAACGGACUGUGGCGUGAGAAUACACUGCUGCGUAUUAGAACCGAGCGGCCAUAA